UUCACGGAAAGAGGUACGUUUUGUUGAGCUGUUGUAUGUCGUUGUCUCUAAAAUGGCAGAAGCCAGCAUUUCAGUGGCUCAGGACCAGUUCAGCUGUCCAGUUUGUCUGGAUCUACUGAAGGAUCCAGUGACCAUUCCCUGUGGACACAGUUACUGUAUGGACUGUAUCACAGGCUGCUGGAAUCAAGAUGAUCAGAGGGGAGUUUACAGCUGCCCCCAGUGUAGACAGACCUUCACUCCAAAACCUGCCUUAUGCAAAAAUGUGGUGUUUGCUGAAAUGAUGGAGAAACUGAAGAAGACAAAAUUCCAUUCUGCUGUUCCCGCUCACUGUUAUGCUGGACCUGGAGAUGUGGAGUGUGACAUUUGCACUGGAAAAAAAUGCAAAGCAGUCAAGUCCUGUUUGGUGUGUCUCAACUCCUACUGUCAAAAUCACCUUGAACAACAUGAGGAUUUUUUUAAAGGUAAGAAGCAUAACUUGAUGGAUGCCACUGGACGGCUAAAGGAGAUGAUCUGCUGCAAACAUGAUAAACAAUUAGACAUCUACUGCCGUAUUGACCAGCAGUGCAUUUGUUAUUUGUGUGGAAUGGAUGAACACAAAAACCAUGCCACAGUAACAGCGGCAGAAGAAAGGAUGGAGAAGCAGAAACAGCUGGGAAAGGCAAAGAUUGAGUUCAAGAAGAGAAUCCAGCAGAAGGAGAAAGAGGUUCAGGAGCUGAGAGAGACUGUGGAGUCACACAAGCGCUCUGCACUGGCAGCUGUGAAGGACAGUGAGAAGGUGUUUACUGAGCUGAUCUGCUCCAUUGAGAGAUGCCGCUCUGAGGUGACACAGCUGAUCAGAGAUCAGGAAAAAGCUGCAGUGAGUCGAGCUGAAAGACUCUUGAAGCGACUGGAGCAGGAGAUCAAUGAUCUGAAGAAGAGAGAUGCUGAGCUGGAGCAGCUUUCACACAGAGAUGAUCACAUCCUUUUCCUCCAGAGUUUUCAGUCUUUCUCUGUUCCUCCCAAAUUUACGGAUGUACCCAUCACUUCCUCUUCUCCACUUUCUUUUGAUGAUGUGGCAAAAUCUGUCUCCCUGCUUAGAGAAAAACUUGAGGAUUUCUGCAAACAGGAGAUAGAAAGGAUAUCUGGUAAAGGUGAAGUGCUUGCAAUUUAUUUAUGUUCAAAUAUUAGACUGCAUCAUGUAACAUGUAAAUGUAAUUACAUAAAAUCAUCAAACUUAAAAUCUCUGAUGGUUUCCAUAGUGUCAUAUAUCCAGACAAUUCCCACCCCAGACCCCAAGACCAGGGACGAAUUCUUACAGUAUUCCUGUCAGUUCACUCUGGAUCCAAACACAGUAAAUAAACGCCUUCGUCUGUCUGAAGGGAACAAAACGGCUGCUGACACAGGCACAAUCCAGCAGUAUCCCAAUCAUCCAGAUAGAUUUGAUCAUACUCUUCAGGUGUUGUGUAAAGAGAGUGUGUGUGGACGCUGCUACUGGGAGUUGGAGUGGAGUGGCCAUGGUGUCGCUAUAUCAGUAUCAUAUAAGAACAUCGGGAGAAAGGAAAAAGGGUGUGUGUUUGGAUUCAAUCGCCAGUCAUGGAGUUUGUUCUGUAGUAUGUCGAGUUGCAUAUUUUAUCAUGGUAAAAAACAUAUUAAAUGUUCCAUACCCAGCUGCUUUAAAAUAGGAGUGUAUGUGGAUCACAGUGCAGGGACUCUGUCCUUUUACAACAUCUCUGACACAAUGACCCUCAUCCACAGAGUUCAGACCACAUUCACUCAGCCCCUCUUUCCUGGGUUUUUACUCUCUUUUGGAUCAACUGUAAAAUUGCUCUUGUGAAUAGUGUACUUUUAAAAUGAUUACAUAAUAUAAAAGUAAUGUACUUUUAAAGUUGAUAUAUCAUAUUAACUCUUCCAGUUACACUUGACCCUCUCGCUCUAUUUUAUUUCUAUUUAACUUUUCUUUUUAUUAAAAAAAGGACCCUCUAGCAUUAGAUUUCUCUAUUCUUUUUUCCAUCUCAUUCACUUGUUUUCUUUUUAUUAUAAAAAAUGACCAUAUAUUCUUUCUCUGUUCUUUCAACUUGUUGAUAUGACCCUCACUAGUGUUUUCUAUUCUACUUCUAUUCUAUUUCCUUUUUUUAAUGAAUCAUAAAAUGUCAUAUAAAUUACUGGUGAUCAGAUUUGGUAAAUCAGGUCUAAUGCUGACAUAUAAAUUCUUCGGAAAUGAAUUAAGAAGUGUGUGUCUGUGUGUAUUUAAUAUGGAUCAGUAUAUUGCAAAAAUAUGCUGUGCAUAAAUUGUAUACAGUGCUGCUUGAAAGUUUGCAAACUUGCAUAAAUAUAACAUAAAACAUCAUCAGAUUU